AAAUGUUACUUUAUCUAUGUGCUGUCACUCAUUCAGCUCGGGAUUCUCUAAGAGACAGUAACCUGUGAUACGACUGAGAGUGAGUGAGAGUGCGUGUGUGCAUCAUGAAUGUUCUCAUGCCCUCCAUGCUAGGGGACGAUCCGCACCUAAUGGCUGAGCCGGCGAUCCAGAUCUUCGAGCAGCCUAAGCAGAGGGGAAUGCGCUUCAGGUACAAGUGUGAGGGUCGCUCAGCGGGCAGCAUCCCCGGAGAGAAGAGCUCCGACAACAACAGGACCUACCCCAGUCUGCAGAUCCUGAAUUACUCAGGUAAGGGUAAGGUGCGCGUUUACUUGGUGACGAAGAACGAGCCGCACCGACCGCAUCCACAUGACCUGGUGGGGAAGGACUGCAAGGACGGAUUCUAUGAGGCCGAGUUUGGUCCAGACCGUAGAGUGAUCGCUUUCCAGAAUCUGGGUAUCCAGUGUGUGAGGAGGAGGGAAGUGAAAGAUGCGAUCAUACAGAGGAUCAACAGAGGGAUCAACCCCUUCAGUGUGCCACGCGAGCAGCUGCUGCAGACAGAGGAGUACGACCUGAACGUGGUUCGCCUUUGCAUCCAGGUUUUCCUGCAGGAUGAGAACGGCCACUACACCCGACCUCUCAAGCCCAUUGUCACCAACCCCAUCUACGACAACAGGGCCCCAAACACAGCAGAGCUGAGGAUCUGUCGGGUCAACAAGAACAGUGGCAGUGUAAAAGGAGGGGAUGAGAUCUUCUUACUGUGUGACAAAGUACAGAAAGAUGACAUUGAGGUGCGAUUCUUCUCCUCUGAUGGCUGGGAGGCCAAAGGCUCCUUCUCCCAGGCUGAUGUUCAUCGCCAAGUCGCCAUUGUCUUCAAGACUCCAUCCUACUAUAACACCUCCAUCACAGAGUCGGUCACCGUGCACAUGCAGUUGCGGCGACCUUCCGAUCAAGAAGUCAGUGAGCCGAUGGAUUUCAGAUAUCUGCCGGACGACAAAGAUCCUUAUGGCUACAACGAGAAAAAGCGCAGAAGAGAGCACUUGAUGAAGAUUGGAUUGUCAGGUGCAACUUUUGCUGGUCUAAGUAUGAACAGGCCAAAGGCAGUGCCACAGAGUACCAUGACUCAUAUGCGGAAAGACCUCAGCAACAUGUACCUGAGGCAACAGCCCACACCUGCAAUGCCGCAGCAAAAUAUAUUCAACCAACCCUACCAAGCAGGGUCUCAGAAUGUAAUAAUGACACAGGCUUCUAAUUUACAAAUCAGGCAAUCAUGGGCAAAUCACAGCCCGGCACUCUCAAUGGAUACAGUCACCAUAAACCCGUCUGGUGCCAUGGGCAAUCUGCCAAAUAGCAGCAGACAACAGCAGCCAAACCGUGGAUCUGUUUACUCUCACAGAGUGGAGCACAACAGCUGUGAGAAUAACACCCUCCCCCAGCUCUCCAUCAGGGACUUGCAGUGUUUGGAUACAGUCACCCAACCGUCUGUAAUGAACCAGUCAGAAUCCCAGCCACUCUUCCACCCGCAGCACCAAAGGGAUGAGCUAGCCUCUGAGACGCGUGCCCAGAACCAUCUAGGCAACCAGAACCAGGGUCUCCAGAAUGUGUGGCCCAGUUACAGUACUCUCAGUCAAGUCCAGAACCCCUUUAAUGGGUCAGUACCUGGGGGCGGAGGAGGGUCACAGGGGCUCGGCUCUUUCCCCUUCCUUGAGGGAAUGGAAGGGGACGAUUUUCUGAAGGGGCUGGGGGGAGGAGGCUCUCAGACUGGUUUCCAGCUGAAGCAGGAGCCCCAGAUGCCAGUGGGACAAGAGACCCAUCAGUCUCUCAUGCAGUCGCCGAGGGAGAGCCAAGGAAAUACUUACACCAACUUGCUUCCUCGUCCUAUGAGCAACGGCACAAACAUGGAUCCAAUGAUGCAAGAUGGUAGCGGCAGCACCCAAGCUUUUAAAAAUCUGCAGAAUCCCUACUCAAACAACGGCAUGCCCUCAGAUGUUCACUAUUCAAACUUGGCUGACUGGAUCAAAGCAACUCAGCAAACCGACUAAAAGCAGUGACAUUUUUGGUAUUAAGAAAUGAACAGAAGAAGCAGCUCAAGGAGGUACAUCGGUCUUGUUUAGCCUUGUGAAGCCAGAAAUUUAGCUUCUCCCAUUCUGGCCUGGUAAGGCUCAGUGGGCAUUUGCUUGGGUUAUUGAAUCUGUGUGCAUAAGACCAAAAUCAUUGGCAGCCAACUGGAUCCAUAACCAGACAACAGCAUUGUUAUUCUGCGUGGUGUGACCAAUUACUCUUGUUCCCUCUUUAGCAAAGACAUCACCGAGAAUGCUUCCUACAUCUGAUAGGCCAAAUGUGGGACUUGGUAGGUUGUCAUUGGGUUUUGCUUCCAAUUAAAGACACCUUUCCUCCAUAAUGUAUCAGCCAAAUUUAGUGUCUUGGCAAAUUUGAGAAAAAAAAUAGGCCACACAGUUCCAGAACCUUGCCUCAUUUUUUUUUAUAUCAAGCACAUUUUCUGCUUCAUGAUUGGCGUAAACUAAGGUUCCAACCUCUGGAACCUUGGUGUGUUUUAAGAAAUGCCAAGCGGCAUUAUCACGCUAAUCACUCCCCCUAAUUCACUGAUCGGUUUGGCUUCCAGCUGCUGGCUUUCUGCAGACUCAUCAAUAAAACUGAGCUCGCAUGAAUUCAGCUGGUUUCUGCAAGGCAAAGACCUGUGUGUGGAUGAACCCUUCCAUAGGUUGUAGUAAUGAUAAUGAUCGUAUCAAAUGACUUCAAGAAUGACUUCUGAAGAGGUGAAUGUAUUUCUUUCUUUCUUGCCUUCUCAGGUGAAGUUGGAUUCACUGUCGAUAUACUGUACAGAAAUGAAUGUUUUAUUGGGUGUUUGAUGUUGAAAAAACAAAGGGGUAAAUGGAUGUUAGGGAUUUUUUUACAUUGUACAACAUUAAAAAAACGGCUUAUUUUCAUGGAUUUCCUUGUUAUUGCUUUUUAAAACAUUCAUACAUAUUAUACGUGUCAUUUAAGGUGUGUCACUGUUUUAUUGAUUUUCUUUAACAGAGUAUAUGCUGUUAAGUGCACUCUGUACAUACAUGUUAGCCAUAGUUGAGAGUGAAAGCAAUAACUUUGUUGAAACACUCAAGAACUGGCAAGGUACUGAAAUUUCCAUUGAGGAAGUGGGAGGACGCACAUUCAGUGGUGUCUUUCCUUUGUAAUGACUAUGUCAUACCAGUGAUCACAUGUGUUAUCCAGAGUUCUCAGAGCAUUUCUACCAGAUGUUUUAUAGAUACAGACAUCAGUUUUAUGUUUUAUUGUUUUAUUCAUUCAACUGAUGCUCUUAAGAACAGUUACAGAAAGUGCCUUGGUCAAGACCACUUUGAUGGGACACAUGGCUGAUGAUGGAGAAACACUUGGCAGCAGCCUGAAGGGCAACUUCCACCAGACAAGCUCAGCCUAACAUGUUUUUUUACUUGUACAACUUCCAGAGGCUUUUUGUUAUUAUUUUGAUGUCUCCUUUGUAUUUGUAUUUGUUUCGGCCAUUUUUGUUCCUGUUUUUGUUUUGUUUCGUUUUCUACAGGGUCGUUUCUUAA